AUGGCCACUGCGACGCAGACCCGCAACAUCACCUUCACCCAGGCGAUCAACGAGGCGAUGCUGGAAGAGAUGCGCCUGGACGAGCGCGUCUUCAUCAUGGGCGAGGACAUCCAGAAGGGCGUCUACGGCGCGUCCGCCGGGCUGUUCACCGAGUUCGGGGGCGACCGCGUCCGCGACUGCCCGCUGUCGGAAAAUGCCUUCUUCGGCGCCGCCGUUGGCGCAGCGGCGGUGGGGAUGCGCCCCAUCGUCGAGAGCCUGUCCAGCUUCAUGUGGGUGGGUAUGGACCAGUUGGUCAGCCAGGCGGCCAAGAUGCGUUACAUGUUCGGCGGACAGGUCAACCUGCCCAUCGUGUAUCGCGCCGCCAUGUACUACGGCGGCAGCAUGGCGGCCCACCACUCCGACCGCUCGCACCCACUGUUUAUGAACAUCCCAGGCUUCAAGAUAGUUUUCGCCAGCAACGCCUAUGACGGCAAGGGGCUGCUCAAGCAGGCCAUCCGCACCGACGACCCGGCCCCGAUACAGCGGCUGGGCACCAUCAACGUUCACAUCCCCUUCAGCCCGGCGCUGGAGCCGCUCUGCUACCCCACCGACGAGUCCAUCGCUGAGGCCCCAGCAGGGGCGCACGGCCGUGCGCCCCUGCACAGUACCGACAGGUGGAACAUCCUGGCGGUCUCACCUCGAAGAGGAGUUGAAGUUAUGGCGUCGGAGAUCGUGCUGCCGCAGUGGGGUAUGGAGAUGCAGGACGGCACCAUCGUCCGCUGGCUUAAGCAGGAGGGCGAUACCGUGGCAGAGGGCGAGCCUAUCGUCGAGGUGGAGACGGCCAAGCUGCAGACCGAACUGGAAUCCACCGCGUCGGGCAUCCUCAGUCGCAUCGUAGCCCAGGAAGGCCAAAUUGUGCCCAUCCGAGGCGUGCUGUGUGUUAUCGCCGAGCCGGGCGAGGAGAUCGCAGCGUCCGCCGCACCUGCUGCCCCUGCCAGCGCACCACUAGCUGCUCUGGCGACACAGGCUGCCCCUGCCACCAACGGCGUAGACAUACAGGUGGUCCCAGCGGCCCGGCGACUUGCCCGCGAACGCGGCGUUAACCUCGCCCAAGUACGCGGCAGCGGCCCCAACAGACGCAUCCUGCUGACCGACGUUGAAGCUGCACUGCAGGCACCAGCCACUGACGGCGCGGAGGCUGCUGCUGGACGAGUACCGGUGGUGCCGGCCGCGCGCAGACUGGCACGGGAAAACGACAUCGAUCUCGCCACGAUCACUGGCAGCGGGCCGCAGGGCCGUAUCCUGAUCGAGGACGUCGAGGCGGCGAUCAAGGCCAAGUCCGCUCCUGAUUCGGCAUCCGCUCCCGAGCCGUCGGCGGACGGCGUAGUCCCGUUUACCGGCAUUCGCGGCGCAGUGGCGACCAGGAUGCUGCAAAGUAUCCAGAGCACGGCCCAGGUGACAUUGACUACUGAAGCCUUAGUAACUGAGGCAAUGCAGCUGCGGCGGGGGUUGUCGCGGCAUCACGCGGAGGAGGCGGGAGGAGGCAUCGGGCCGCUGCCGUUGGUCGUGAAGGCCACCGCAGAAGCACUGAAGCGGCACCCCCGUAUGAACGCCAUCGAAACCACCUCGGCAGAUGGCGAAGCGCAGGUGCAGAUGUUGUCUGAGGUCAACAUCGGGCUGGCCGUAGCCCUUGAGGAAGGGCUGGUCACGCCGGUAAUUCGAGGCGCCGACGAGAAGUCGCUGGCGCAGUUGGCCGCCGAGAACCGCGAUCUGGCUGCCCGCACGCGCGAGGGGCGGACCCGUCCAGAGGAAAUCACUGGCGGGACUUUCACAAUCACCAACUUGGGGGCCAACGAAGUCGACGGCUUCACGCCCAUCAUCAAUCCGCCACAAGUGGGCAUCCUCGGCGUGGGCCGAGUGGUGGAGAAGCCGGUAAUCGCCAACGGCGAGAUAGCGAAGGGUGAGACGAUGUACCUGAGCCUCACUUUUGAUCACCGAGUCAUCGACGGGCGCUCCCGCCGCUGA